UACAAGUGGAAAUUAGCAGUUUUUGUGCAUUCAUUGGAAAUUCUUAUACCUGUCAUACAGGUGCUCGCGUUCAUGAGCCACUUCAUAUAUAUAGUAUAUACACAUAUCUUACCACUGCCGGAUUUUACUGUAUAAUUAUAUCUGGAUUUAUACGUACGUACAUGCUUGUGUUAUAAUGGAUGAUAUGAAUGAAAUACAGUAAUUUGCAUUGCACUGCUGUGAAAAAUACAGUAAUUAGUAUCUCAGUGAGCAAUCAAUUACACCGAUAUUGGGAUUUAUUUCAACAAUAGUUUUUUUAAUUUUUUUAUUACAGAGUGUAACAAACAUCGUUCUGAAAAUGUGUAGCAAAAAUGUCAACUUUCACUCUUAUGCGUUUUCUUUACCAUCGAGAUGACGACUCGUUUUGAAUGAUUUUGAAAUCAAUUUUCAAGUCUGAAAUACUAUGGUGGAAUCGGUUUCAUUUUGCCUAAGAACCACGUGGAGUUGUUGUGUAAAACAAGGAAUUAAAUUGUACGCGUAAAACAAACAACCUAUUUUUUAAGUGAACUUGUGUUGGAUUUAUGAGCUUUAAAGUCAUGUUUCAUACGGUAAAUUUGACAGUGCUGUUAGGUGUACUAGUGUGCGUUGUACUAUCGAGAGAGGUAUCGGAUGGACCGCAGAACGUCCUAUUAAACGAAGCCGUCAAGACAUUGCUUGGGUUCAAAGAUGAGCAUCCCAGGGACCAGAUUUCCUCCCCUUAUGGCGUAGGUCAGGAGGCUCCUAAAUAUAUGUUGGACCUUUAUGACAGAUUUCGAAAUUCUCAAAUAUCAAAAGGCCAUCUCUCUGGGAACACAGUGAGGAGCAUUCACGCCGAAAUAGCUGAGGUGAACGGCGAGGAGAUGUUCGUCUUUAAUCUUACCUCCAUCAUACCAUCGGAAAGACUAUUGAGUGCAGAAAUUCACCUGUACAAAAGAAAAAUGAAGAAAGCUAGACGACGGCGAAGAGACUUGGACUUACUCAUGUAUGAGAUCGCACCACACUACAUGAGUGAAAAUGGUAAAAUUACGAUGAGGGCCGAAAGUUUUGGAUGGCAGUGGUAUGACGUCACAGAUGCCGCACUUAGUUGCUUAGCAGCGCGGAGGGAUACACCACAUUUGUUUGCGUUGAAAUUUCAAGUUGAAUGGCAGAAUGGUAAAAUCAAAGAUGUGGCCCUCAAAAAAUUUAUUCGACAUCAUUCCAUGCCGUUCCUUAUAAUUUAUUCAAACGAUACUCAAAAUAACGAAUUAGAUUCAUUGGAAAAUUUAGCGGAAAAUAUGCAUAAAGAAAAGAAAGAAGAUAGUGACUUUGUGAGUAGUAACACUGGCAGUUUAAUAGAUUUUUCACGGAGAUUUGCAGACGACAAAUUAAAUAGCGAAAUCGAUUCUAAUGAUCAUUCUCAAGAUAAAACAUCCAAAAGUGUACAGAGACGUCAAAAACGCUCCAUUUUCAAUAACAAAAUUCCAGAGGACCCUGCAGACUAUGACAACUUUCACAGGAAGUUCAAUAUUCCUCAAACACAUCCCGACAUAUUACAAGCAAGACGGGAGAGUCGACACAAAAUUUCAGACUCUCGUUUGAUUCCAUUCCCUGAUGAAGACAGGAGGAAAAAUAGAAGAAACAACCGCAAAAACAGGAAAAAUAAAAGGAAAAAUAGGAGACGAAAGAAUAAGAAUUCAAAUCUACUUUUUCCAAAAGAGUGGGAUAGAUUUCGGGGAACUGGAACGGAGGAAAACCAACAUGGCGACAUUUGUAGCAAGAGGAAGCUUAUACUUGAUUUUGCAGAUAUUGGCUGGGAGGAUAAAAUCAUCGCUCCAAAAUCAUUCGAAGCUCACUACUGUGCAGGGUCGUGUCCAUUCCCACUUACCAAGAAACUAAGACCGUCCAAUCAUGCGACGAUCCAGAGCAUGGUGCACGCCAUAGGAAUCCACACAGACGUGCCAGCCCCGUGCUGUGUCCCUGAGUCUCUCUCUUCCAUCACACUCCUCUUCUUCGACAGUAACAGGAACGUCGUGCUCAAGAACUACCCCAGCAUGUCAGUCAAGGCGUGUGGAUGUAGAUAAGCACAACUGCAUUUCGAAUCUAUCAAUGUCAUCUAACUAACGAGAUCUCAUGAUAUAUUCAAACAUUCAAAAUGUAGCGCGAACGUUUGGACAUGGGUGAUGAAUCGUACGUUUAUGACAAAAAUGACAGUAGGAUACAAACGAAGGACAUUGAAGACGUUGUUAAAAACAGAUUGGCAAAAGAAAACAAUUCAAAUGAAUUUUGUAAUCGUACAUUAUUAAUGGCGAGUUAUAUUCAACCAAUCUAAGGGAUUUCGAAAGGAACGCUAUGUCUCUUCAACCCAGUAUUGCGCAUGCGUAUUUCAGGCAUUGGUAUUGAAAGUAAAGUGAGCUGACGCCAUUUUGCUUUUUCUGUUGUACACAUAUUGCAACACGCCUACCUACUGUGUCAUUAUAUUGACCGCUGUCUGAGAUCUACCAGGACUUGCUGAUUCUCGAGGAGGAGGAGGAUGUGCAGUACAUCAUGUUGGCAUUUACUAUGCUAUUAAGCAUGCAUGCAAGAAACAACAUGUAUACGUUUGUGUUAGUUUUAACACUAAAACAUUAUUGGUCACCGGCAUUACAUAACAAUCAUACGGAAUUGCAAGUGUUUGCCGUGACCUUUUGAUGGGAAGAUGGCGCGGGACGCUUAAUUGUACAAUUACUUCUAGAAAGUUAAUUAUUGAUUUUUUGAAGAUUGUCGUCAUAUUUUAACCUUGUAGCACUUUUGCUGUUGCCUGUAUAGACGACGGUGAAUAUAAUAUUCGAGCCGUGACCCGGACUCAUACGUUCACAUUACCUUUUAAAACUUCAAAAAUGUGUCAUCUACCUCAUUAAAGCGUCGCUGUGUUGUAUUACUGAUGACGUCAUUGACACGUUUACGUUGAUGUUACCAUGUCGACUGUGCAAGGACAGAUCAAUAUGAUUAGAAUAAAAGCGAUCGUACUAGGACAUGGACUUGUAAAUACACUUAUAAGGAAAAUGGUCAGUGUUUAGUUUAUAUAGAACUCAUCAUACAUUACUCUAUUCCAAGAAUGGCAUCAAAAUUAUUCUUUCAAAUUGUAUUUAUAUAUUUUUUCUUAGAAAAUUAAUUCGUUACAAUGUGUGUAUGAAUAUUCAUUUUGAACGCCACAGUUGACCCAAUAAGAUAUCAUAGUUUAUAAUCUAAUAUUUCAUUAUUAAUGGGAUGGAAUAGAAAAAAUGUUAAAUUUUCGAUAAUAGAAAUCAUCAUUUGGCAUUUUUAGACGCAAGUGUUGCUCAUGAGAUAUUCAUCAGUGCUCACAAAGAAAUCUGCUGUAUGAGUAAGAUAAGGAUAACGUCAGGUUAAUAUGUUUGUAUGUAAGUUCCUUGUAAACAAUACAGAAGUCGUUCGUUUGUAAACUCAUUUUCACGGCUUCCAAAAGAUAUUCUCGUGUAAAUUGCACAAUUGUCCAUUAUUUUACGUGAUAUUGUUUUUUAAUCCAACCGGAAGUAUAUAUAGUACUUGUGUACCGCUCAGCCACUCCUCCUUCUUACGCCACAAUACAUCAUUUUAAUCGCAGGGAUCUUAUGCGUGUAAGCCGUUCGAACGAUUUAAAAUAUUUGUCGGUACAUACAUUGAACAACACAUUGAUUUUAUAAGAGCAGUAUUGCUUUUUCUAUAUAUUUCAAUACGUUCGAUAAAAUACUGUUUUGUACCUAAUUCACAUUUUAAUUGUAGAACUAUCUCAAUUAUAGCGUCGGUAAAACUAUAGAAAUCUAGCAAGCCGGUUACGAAGGACUGAUAUGUCCAUUAUAAGAUAUGUUAUGCGUAUAUAUAUUUGUGUGGUAUUUGUUCCCUGUAUAACUCCAAUCGACAGUGCUAUUGUUCUAUGUAUUUGAGAUUGUGAGACACUUGUAGACCUAAAUCAUUGUCGUGAGCCUUUGUAAAACUCCAUUUCAUUUUAUUUAUUGUACAUAGAAUGGUUACUAUAAUGUAGAGAACAUAUUUUCAUUACGAUUAGUGUAUUAUCUUCGUCAUUACUUCUAUCAUCUGACAUGUCAUCUGAGAUUCAUUUUCAUUUAAAUAUCGGAAUAAUUUUGUAAAAUAAAAUACAAAAAACAA